UCUGGGAAUUUUAUGUUGGUCACGAACGAAACGUAGUUGUCAAUGACAUCAAUUGUGCUGAGAAACUUUGCAAACCAUCUAAAAGAAUCUAUAAACGACUUCCUUUUCCUACUCUUGAAAGAAUAGGUCUUGGUCAUGGUUUAUUUUUUAAUAAUAAUUAUGAAUCAUUUCAUAAAAAACGAAGAUUGGUAAACCGUGCAUUAGGUGCACAGAAAUUUAUACGAGGAUUUGUCAUUUCUAUUCAAAACAUAUUUAAAGAAUCUGAGGAUAUAUGGAAAAAAUUAAAUGUAAAAAAUGGAAUAGAAUUUGAUUUUUGUGAAUGGAUAAGAUGUUACUUAACUGAUAUUUCGAUUCUUCAAACCACAAAACAACGUGCUUACACUGUUGCUUCAUUUGGUGCAAAGGAUAAUUUAAUUCAAACAAAAGAAGUUAAAAAUUCUUUAAGAUUUACUGAUGCUGUUGACAAAUUUUUUGAUUCUCUUGGAUUUUUUGCUUUCAUCCCUCUAUUUAUGCAGGAUUAUGUACCAGGUUUUACUCAUUAUAGAAAGAGAUGUGAACGUAAUGUUCAUUAUUUAUAUGGUGCUAUAGUUGAUAUUAUUAAUAAAAGAAAAAAAGAACUUGAUGAAGGUGCUGAGUUAGACGCAGAUUUGUUAGAUCAUUUUUUGAUUGCUCAUACUUUAAAAGAUCAUGGUUCUGACAAAGUUGAGAACCUGACUUCGUUAACUACUGAAGAAGUUUGUGUUCUUACGUGGGAUACUCUCUUAGCUGGCACUGAAGCGACCGGUAAUGCACUCUGUUUUCUAAUAUAUUUUGUUGCGAAAAAUCCAAACGUUCUUGCCAAGAUUCAUAAAGAGAUCGAUGAAGUUUUUGGUUCUGAUCCAAACGUUGAUUUCGCCCUUGAAAAACUUGAUAAUUGUCAUUACAUUGAUGCUGUGGUUAAAGAAUCAUUACGCUUAAUUUUAGUAUCCCCAUACACUGUAAAAAUUUCUGAUGAAACUGAAAAUAUUGGUGGAUAUGAUUUUCCAAGUGGAACUAAAUUUUGGGUAGAUCAUCAAGGUCUAUGUAAUAACCCUGAUAUUUGGAAUAAUCCUGAAACUUUUAAUCCUGAUAGAUUUUUAACUAAAAAUCAUGGUGGUUCGUCUGAAGUUUCUGAAUUACAAAAGUUUGCUUUUACUCCAUUUGGUUGUGGUCUCAGAGGUUGUGCUGGAAAAACAAUAGCUCCGAUUAUGAUGAAAACUGUGGUUGUUAUACUUUAUAGAAAGUAUAAUAUAGAAUUAGUUAAAAAGGAUGAAAUGAUAAAAUAUUAUUUUACUGCAAUGCACAAGGUUUAUGACCUGAAUGUUAAAGUUAGCUUAAGAGAUGUUUCUUCAUUUUCAUAA